AUGCUCAAAAACCACAAUCAUCACAUUUUACAAAAUUUCCAGCCUGAUCACAAUCAUUUUGAUAGCGUGACUAUAAAAAAUGAAGUCGAUGAAGUUACAUUUGCAAAUAUGUCUAUGAAUCCAGGAUCUAUUGAAAGCAUUCCGAGCAAGCCAAGAGCAUUUGUAGAGUUCGACAAAUUCCUAAAUAAAAAAGACAUUUCUGUAACAUUCAGAUGGGGCCUACCUGAAUUUACAAAAGAAAUGAUACAAGCAAUAAAGUUGGACGAGACCUGGAUAAAAGGAUACACAGUGCAGUGUUGGUUUAUCGAGAAUCAAAAAAAGAUUGAAAUCUGCGACGAUAGAAGGAUCGUAACUACAAUGGAGUGCAUAAAGCAUAAUCUAAAACCCAACACGACGUACUAUUUCCGUGUGCGAAUGCAUACUAAAACUGGUGUUGGUCCUUAUACGAAUUUAAUGAAUGUAUCAUCGACACAUGAAAAUCCGAUACCUAAAUUACUGAUUAGAUCGAAAAAAGGUGUCCAAAUAUUUGAUUUAGAUUCAAAAACCUACGUCGAUCUUUUUGACAAUUCUACAGCAAUGUCAAAGUUCAUUCAUUCGGCAGUGGGACAUAACAUUUAUUGGAUCGAUUACGAAGAUUAUAUCUUUACAAAAAAGCUAAUGACAUGGAAUAUAAAUAACAACAUUAGCACAAAAAUAAUUAACUUAAAAAAGAAUGUAUACAAUCUGUGUAUUGACUGGAUAGGAAGAAAUCUAUACUGGGUAGAAUAUGAACGAACAAACACCACUUACAUUAUAAAGCUGGACUUAACAAUGCGGGAAAAUGGCACAUUCAAAUAUGACAAGAUAAAACAUUUACGCAUUUACGAACCCACUAUUCGAACAACAUUAUAUCUAUAUUUAAAAAAGAAAUACGCACUUAUUGACAGUGAAAAAAACGCAUUGAAAUACGUACAAAUAGUAAAAAGCAAGAAUUACUUAUAUUAUAUGACAUCUUUCAGUAAAUCAUUACAACCAUACCCUCGGACGGAGUGUCUUACGCCUGACAAAAAUUAUACUUUCAUAAUAGUAAGAAUAACAGCGAACAGUAUCGUCUUGAACUUACCAGAACCGAUUUCUAAAAGUGGAUGCAAAAACAACCUACCAUCCAAUAAAUAUACCAUCCUCAUAAGCUAUUGUUUGAACAAUAGUCUUAACAAGUUCGAUAAAAUCGAUGGGGAGACAUACGAGCGGCGUUAUGAAAUUCAGAAUUUAACACCGUUUACAGAAUACAAGCUAAAACUAGCCCUAAGCAAUUUUUAUUCUGAUCAAUUAUCAAUGGAUCUGCAAUUUGAUUCGGAAACAAUAGUGAGAACUAACGUGGACAAGCUAAAUGCACCGGAAAAUGUAAUGGUUCAGGUUCUAACAUCUACUAUAGCGGCAGUUUCUUGGACGCCACCAACGAAACUGAAUUGUGCAAUAGUGACUUAUAAAGUAUAUUGGGAAUCCAUUAGCUCGACGAAUAGCACGCAACCGAUAAAAGAACCAUUUAUUAAUAAACGUAAGGCAGACAACAAAUUUUUCACAAUAAUUGAACAGUUGCUGCCAGAUCAGAAAUACUUGGUGUAUGUGCGUGUGUAUCCAGGCAAUUACAGCAAUCUCUAUAAUGACAGUUUAAAAAUUGUGCACAUGUACUCGGAACCGAACAUAACUUUGAGCGGAGUUAGCAUUAACAGUAUGAAUAUUUCGUGGAUUCCUACCGUCAAUCAGACGAUCCAUUACAUAUUAGAAUACAAAAAUGAUGUGAUGCAAAAGUGGGAAAUUGCAGACAACUUUGAGACGAAUAAUGAAACAGUAAUGUGCUAUAUAAAAAAUUUGCUACCGGCAACUUUAUACAAGUUUUGUUUGACACUGACAUAUCCCGAGUACGAGAACUUUACAUGGCCACCUAAAAAAAAAUUUAUUUUUCAAACACUUGAUGACGGUUCCAGUACUCUAGCUCUUAAACAUUAUUUAUUAUUGGCGAUAAGUCUUGUCGCUAUCGUUACCGUAAUCUGCAUUUACUACUUUUACCGUUUGUCUCGACGACGCAGAGAAAGUAACGAGCAAGUUUUAACUACGAUAAUACCCGACAAAGAAUUAGCGAUUCUACAUGAAAUACCUAUCGGAAACGUUCAUCUUAAUAUGCUAUAUACUUCUACGUUACAACAUAAUCCCAAUAAAUUUAUGUUGACCAAAAUAAAACGUAAGCAAAUCACACUAACAAAACUUCUUGGUAGAGGCGCAUUCGGAAUGGUGUUUCAAGGGAUUGUCAAAGAUUUAGAAAAAUCGGACUCGGAGACAUCUGUUGCCAUAAAGACGUUAGAAAAAUGUGCUUCAAAAGAAGAGAAAAAGAAAUUCUUGCAAGAGGCAAGGCUUAUGAAUCACUUUAGACAUAAACAUGUGCUAAGAUUACUAGCCGUCUGCUUAGACGAGGAUUCUCCGUUACUUGUGUUGGAAUUAAUGGAAAGUGAUCUGCAAAAAUAUUUGAGAGAGCAUCGAAUAUUGCAAUCUUCUGAUUUACACGCUUUGCGUGUACAAGACUUGCUUGCUAUGUGCGAAGAUGUUGCGCGAGGCUGUUGCUAUUUGGAAGAGCUGCGCUUUGUACAUAGAGAUCUCGCGUGCCGAAAUUGUUUAGUGUCUGCGAGAGAUCGCGAAAAUCGUAUCGUUAAAAUCGGAUUCGGACUUGCUAGAGAUAUUUAUAGAGAUGACUAUUAUCGCAAGGAAAGAGAAGGUCUGCUUCCUGUUCGCUGGAUGGCACCGGAAUCUAUAGUAGAUGGAAUAUUUACUUCUCAUAGUGACGUUUGGUCAUUCGGAGUACUAAUGUGGGAGAUUAUGUCGUUAGGCGAACAACCUUAUCCUGCCAGAACUAAUCUCGAAGUGAUAGAUUACAUACGCACUGGAGGCAGAUUGCAGAUACCUCUCAACUGUCCAUCCUCGUUAUACCAGUUGGUGCAACGUUGCUGGAGCGUUGCAGCGAAUGAUAGACCAAACUUUAAGCUUUGUCUGAACAAUAUUAUAGAUCUGAGAAGCGACAUAGAAGACGCAAAAUUGCAUCCAAUGAAUCUAGCCGGCACAAGUAAUUAAUUAUUCGUAUAUGU